AGUGAUAUCAAUAAAACAACAGAGAGAGAGAGACACAGAGUCAUCAGGGCCACGAUGAAGACUUUGUGUGUUGCUGUAGUUGUGCUCAGUUUCUCCUCGGUGUGCCAGCCUGCAUCGCUGGCCUGUGAGAGGUUGCUGAAGCCAGAAGCCAGAAAUCCAGAUCUGACUGGGAGAUGGCGCUAUGUAGCCUUGUCCAGUGACUUAUGUCCUACUAGAACAAUAAUGGAGUCUGUUUUUCGGCCAGCUAUGGAAAUGAACAUCACCUCUGAAGUCACACCGAACGUCUACAGUCUCGGAUUUAAGUUUAAAAUACUUGGGAUGUGCAUCCACAAAUCACAUUUUUCAACAUUUGUUUAUGAGAACAACACUGUGAGUGCUGCUGACAGCAACAAUGCCUCACCCAGUGAACCCAUUGUACUGCUACAAAGUGGGUGUCCUGACUGCAUCAUUUUACGUAACGAUGCCAUCCAUUCCCUUAUUCUUCUAAGUAGGAGAGAGACGGUCACUGCUGCUGAGAUGAAGGAGUUUGAGACACAGGCAAAGUGUUCGGGUUUGCCUGAACCGCAGCUCUUCAUGUCAGAUCACGUCUAUGAAAACUGCACCAUGCUUGAAGACUUUCUACACACAUUUUCCAGUCAAGUAGACAUCGAGAAAGCUCGGUCCCUAAAUGAGAAAAUUAUGAAUUGUAGGCAGCAAAGGUAGCUCACCUGGUUGAGCGUGUACCAUGUAUCAUGGCUGAGUCCUUAACUUCAGCGGCCAGAAUAAUAUCCAGAACGAGCCCUUUGCUCCAUGUCAUCCCCCUGCCUUUCCUUUGUUCUCUACUGUCCUAUCAAAUAAACCCCAAUAAAUGAUCAAAUUGCAAUACAAAAGUAAA